AUGAAAUUAAAAAUUCUCUAUGAGAUUAAUACUUCUAACAACAUUGUAUUCAAAAACAUUGGUACACCAAGGCAAAUCAACGACAAUCUGGCAAAUCUGCGAGAAUUGGACACGAAGGGCGAGCCAUAUCUUUUGAACGGCACCUAUCGUGAACAAAGAAUUCCAUUCCUACUGAUGAAGAUCAUAGCUUUGAAGAAGCAGCAUUUGGCAAUUAGCGAGACAGUACAGAAGCUAAAAAUGGUCUUUACUUUGCAACUUCUUUCUACGAUAGUUAUGACUUUCACUCAAAUCACCUUCAAUCUGUACUUUUACUUAAUGCAAAUAAAAGGAGAUGUGUCUAUGAGCAAUCAGGAAAGACAGAUGUAUGACAUUGCUUUUGUUACAGUUGUAACAUAUUUGUCUACAAAAUUAAUGUUGAUAGUAUGGGCUUGUGAGACCGGCAAGAAUCAAGCUAUGGAGAUCAACAGCACCGUUCACGACGUGUUCAACAGCACCAGCAAUCAGCAAAUAAAAUACGAGUUACAGCUAUUUUCUUUGCAAUUAUCGCAUUGUGAAAAUACAUUCUCCGCAAAAGGGCUUACCGUGGACGCUACGCUCCUCACUAAGAUG